GGAGGGGCGGAGGAGUCACCUGCGAGCGGCUGCUCUGGCAGCCGGCCCGCCGCGUCUGGAUCGCGCUGGCUGCGCGGGGCCGCGGACCGCACACACCCUGGGAGGCUCGGGCGGGGGAGCAGGCAGAGUCAGUGCCCGGCGUCCGCAACUAGGAGGAAUCGGACCUUCGCCGCUGGCGUCCGCGCCCGUCUGGGCUAUUAGGAAAAGAUGGUGGAUCGCUUGGCAAACAGUGAAGCAAAUACUAGACGUAUAAGUAUAGUGGAAAACUGUUUUGGAGCAGCUGGUCAACCCUUAACUAUACCGGGACGGGUUCUUAUUGGAGAAGGAGUAUUGACUAAGUUGUGCAGAAAAAAGCCCAAAGCAAGGCAGUUUUUCUUAUUUAAUGAUAUUCUUGUAUAUGGUAAUAUUGUCAUCCAGAAGAAAAAAUAUAACAAACAACAUAUUAUUCCUCUGGAAAAUGUCACUAUUGAUUCCAUUAAAGAUGAGGGAGACUUAAGGAAUGGAUGGCUUAUCAAGACACCAACUAAAUCAUUUGCAGUUUAUGCUGCCACUGCUACUGAGAAAUCAGAAUGGAUGAAUCACAUAAAUAAAUGUGUUACUGAUUUACUCUCCAAAAGUGGGAAGACACCCAGUAAUGAACACGCUGCUGUCUGGGUUCCUGACUCUGAGGCAACUGUAUGUAUGCGUUGUCAGAAAGCAAAAUUCACACCUGUUAAUCGUCGUCACCAUUGCCGCAAGUGUGGUUUUGUUGUCUGUGGGCCCUGCUCUGAAAAGAGAUUUCUUCUUCCCAGCCAGUCCUCUAAGCCUGUGCGGAUUUGUGACUUCUGCUAUGACCUUCUUUCUACUGGGGACAUGGCCACAUGCCAGCCUACUAGAUCAGACUCUUACAGUCAGUCAUUAAAGUCUCCUUUAAAUGAUGUAUCUGAUGAUGAUGAUGAUGAUGAUAGCAGUGACUAAGGACACAUUUUGAAAUAUUUAAUUAAUUGGGUGUGACUAUCUGAGAAAUCAGCUUUGGGGGAAAUGUAAAAUUCUGAGCUCUCUCUCAAUUUUGCUCUAGCCAUGAAUUUGCCUGAGAAACUUGUAACCUGUAUGUGCCUCAAUAUAUUCUAUAGAAAGUAGUUUCCCCUCCCUUUUCACCUUCCUCACACUCUUCUACAGGGAUAGAUUUUUACAAAUAUAUAAAUUUUUUGUUUCUUGUUUAUUUCUAGAUUGUUUUCUUGGAAGGUUGGGAAAAGAUGUUUAUUUAACAAAUCAUGUACUACAUUGUUGUUUUCAUUUCUGUUAUAUGGAAAAACUAAAAGUACAGAAUGAUGAGAAAUGGUGUAUAAGGUGGUUAAUUAAUAUAGUUAUUAGCAUUUUUCUAACCAGCCUAUCUAAUGGUUAAGACACCAGUAACAAAAAUACAUGAUUUGGAAAUUCUUUGUUUGGCUUUUUCAUAUACCCUAGUGGUGCCUUAUCAUAAUAGCACUGUUACAUGAAAUAAGCCCCUACCUUCUCACUUUUUGGUUUGUUUAAAAAAUACACUGGUGCUCUUUGAAGUGAUGCGUGUUUAUGAAUGGAUAUAAUUAGGAAAUAUUUCUCAUCUGAUAGCUACAAAUAACCAAAUUUAGAGGAAUAUGUAUUUUUCCAUAAAAUAGUUGUGAUUAUAUUUUUAUGUUUUAUAGGUCUGAAAUUAUAAUUGUCAAAUAUAUAUUUUAAAUUAAUAAUAGGUUGUCAUUCUUAGGAA